ACUUGUUUCCUAUUACAGAUUCCAUGACAUGGGGAAAGCACUGGACAUUGAGCAUUUGCCCCUAUUAGUUCUAGAUGCACUUGUUCCUUUUCUCUCUGAAAAAGAUUUAAGCAAUUGCAUGGGCGUUUGUAGAAUAUGGUACAGUAUUUUUAGUGAUAAUUUAUUUUGGAAAAGACAUUGUAUAACUAGCUCAAAUCACUAUUUUUCAAAAACUAAGUGCCUUGUUGAACCUGCUUUUCAACUAACAAACGACACACUUAUGCCCAUUGAAGAAAACCGGCUUCAGUUCUUGCAGGAGCAACACUUAUUUCAAAAUGUUAGAUGUGGUCGCUUCAGGAAGGAAGUAAUUGAACAUGAAGAUGAGCGCUGCCGCUUUCUGUUUCCUUAUGUAUUAUUUUUGGACAAUGACCAUAUAUGUGAAAACAGAUAUACCCAUGAUGAAGGUCGAACAUAUGAGACUCGAGUUUGGAAUUUAGCUGAGACUCCAGUCCUAGUAUUGACUAUACCCCACUGUUUGAGUGGAUUGCGGGAAGCUAAAAUUUAUAAAAUAGUCAAUAGCGAUCUGAUAGUUGUCAUUCAGUGUAAUGUAGUACAAGUUAACAAAAUCAGCUUGGAUUCCAAAAGCUGGGUUCGGAAACAUCUCUUCUUUUUUGAUAAACCGGAAGAGUUCUCUCGUAGUUUAACAGCUGAUUGUGAUAUUGAAAGUAUCGUGGUCUCAACAAUUAGUGAAUUUCCAGAGGUUGAGUUUCAUUGUAAGUUUGUUUUUAGUGGGCAAUACAUGAUUGGAACCUAUGAACAUGGGGAAUCUGCUCUCUUGCACAUUUGGGACGUCAAUACGGGGAAAAAGGUUAAAGAAGACAGAUACGAAAUCGGACCAAUAGAAAGUAUAACUUUACAGUCUACUCAGCAAGUCACUGAAAAGGUCCUCGUAACCUACUGUUUAAAACAUGUCGCUAACAUAGGAAAUGAUGUGGGAAAGUGUUGCUCAAUUAUUUAUGAUACUUCACUGUUACAGUUUAUCCUGCCCAGUCGGUUUGUUCACGAUUCUUAUAUGCAUGAUAAACGUGUGUUGUUUUUUGAUGGCCAUUUGAGUGUCAUAGAUGACUAUCAUCCCCUCGAGAUAGUACAUCAUCAUGAUGCAAUGAACCAGUAUAAAACUGGACCAAGCACAUCUUUACUACCUGAUUAUAUAAAAACAUGUCCUGAAACCACUGUUCAUCCCCUAGGCAGUAACCUACUGAUAACUACCGAGCAAGAAAUAUACCUUGUAAAUCCUGUCAAUUUAGUAACCAGUUGCCUAUUGAGGGUCGAUUUUCAACUUCUUUUUACUGAAAUGUUGGCUGGAAGAUUUAUUUUGUUGCAUGGAUACAAUGAUCAACGCUUUCAAGAGGUAUGGGAGAUUGGCAAUGGCAAAACAGAAUGCAGAAAAGUUAUGUCCAUCGCAGAAUCCAUCACACCAAAUGAAGAACUUUGUAUUACCGGGACGUCAAAUAGUGUCUGUUCUAAACUUGUUUUAGAGCAUGAAUACACAACUAUUGUAUUGAAUUUCUGGUAGAAAGUAAAAUAUGUGGUCAGUGUUGUGGCAUGACCUUGUCAUUUUCAGUCAUACUAUGAUCAGGUUUAAAUUAAUUAUUGAAGACCCACUGUUAGUUGAUACAGGAUCACACUUUUUUGUAAUUUACCUAUUUAGAGUUAUUAAGUUUAUAAAAUAUCUUGAAUGUUAUUAUUAUUGUUAUUUGGUUUAUAUAAAGUUUAUGCAAUGUUUAUUAGCAAAUUUCCCAUAUAGGGAGAAUAAGCUAUUACCGUAGUACUCAUGGUAAGACCUGGACCAAGGAGUGAUAUACUUUUUCGUUUUGAGGUCCCCAGAGGCCAAAAACAC